GUUGAAGCAUAAAUAGCCAGUCGGUUCCCGCCGAUUUCUGCAGAGGUCCCAGUCUCAACACCUUGCAAGAGAGCCACAGCACACCGAUUACAUUAACAGCUCAACUUGCAAAAAGCCAGAAACCAGCCGUCCGCAGCGACCCUGAUGGCGAUGUGUGAAUUGUGGAGAGUUUGGGGGAUGCUUCUUGUGACGGUCCUGGGCUGCGGGCGAUGCCGGCCCGUGGAUGGGGAGCCUCCGUGUGCGGCCAGCGGCCGAGCCAAGUACAGCCUCAUCUUCACGGGCAAGUGGAGCCGCACCGCCUUCCCCAAACAGUACCCGCUGUACCGGCCCCCGGCUCAGUGGUCCCCUCUGAUGGUGGUCACGCACAGCAGUGACUACCACAUGUGGAGAGUGGGUGAAUAUGCCAGCAAUGGAGUUCGGGAAUUUGCGGAGAAAGGUGAAGCUUGGUCUUUGAUGCGAGAGGUGGAAGCAUCAGGAGAAAAAAUCCAGAGUGUCUAUGGAGUUUUCUCAGCACCAGCUAUCCCCAACGGCAUAGAACAGACCUCCACUGAAUUUGAAGUACAUGCCAGACAUUCUCUUAUGUCCUUUAUGGUUCGAAUUGUACCAAGUCCAGACUGGUUUGUAGGAGGUGACAGUAUUAAUCUGUGUGAAGGAGAUAACUGGAAAGAGCAAAUGUCUAUAGACCUGCAUCCUUAUGAUGCUGGGACAGACAGUGGUUUCACCUUUUCUUCACCAAAUUUUGCUACCAUUCCCCAGGAGACCGUCACUGAGAUAACAUCAAGCUCACCAAGCCACCCUGCAAACUCAUUCUUCUAUCCCAGACUGAAACAGCUCCCUCCGAUUGCCAGGGUGACAUUGACAAAGCUGAAGGACAACCGGUUAAUUGGGAUUAUUCCAGCCCAGUCCAACCUCAUUCCCAUGGGUAAUGAGAUAGAUGAUAUUGUGUCAGAGACCCCAUUGGACUGUGAAGUUUCCACCUGGUCUUCCUGGGGCCUGUGCAUGGGGAAAUGCACAGAGAUGGGUGUGAAGCGCCGCACUCGCUAUAUCCGAAUGAAACCGGCCAACAGUGGUACUCCAUGUCCAGAGCUACAGGAGGAAGAGCCAUGUGUGCUGCACAACUGUGUCUAAAAGUGACACUUGAUGACAGAUGGGCUUUGACACCCUUUGGAGAUUGGAAGGGCUGAAUCUCACCAAAGAUGGGUCCCUAUGAAAUACUAAUUAAUUCAACUAAUUGUUAUUGAUUCAGGGUUAAAAAUGACAGCUAAGCUGACAGUCAUUCUAUGUAAAUGCUAAUGCUUUUCCUAUCAGUUUGAUGUCUACUAAUUAGAGACUUAAGUUUCCACCUCCCUCAUUUGUCAUCAAUAUCUUAGUGUACAGAAAAUGCUGCAAGCAAUGAUUUAAAACUAUCCUCAGUAGUAAACUAAUCUCUGGAGUAAACUCUCAGUUUAGACUGUGGCUUGGAAAUCACUCUUGAAUCUUGCAUUAUUUAUACUGUAUACAUUUCAAUUUAACAAAAGCUUUUGAAUUCUUCUGUUUUUGUUGUUGGCGUAAAUUGUAAUCUGUGAAUGCCUUCCAGGUUCUUGAUCUGUGACGGUAUUAAUAUCAGAAGAUUAAUGGUGGUUAGCAAUGAGCAUUUUUUUAUAAUCUAAAUUUAAUUACUUGGCAUUAAGUGCAGUAGCUAAUUAAUAGCUUUAAGAAAAUAAUGAUGGAAAUUGAUUUGAAAGUUGCUGUUAACUUGUAUUUUGCAUGCAUUCUUGUUUAAAAGCUUUCUUAGGCAGA